CAAACAAAAACAACAGCCAGCCAUUCCCAUCAAAUAUAUAUUACCAUUUACCAUGGCCAAGCUUAUCUUGGUCUCUUUUUCUCUGUGCCUUCUUGUGCUCUUCAAUGGCUGCCUGGGUAUCGAUGUAGGACUAAGGCGGCAGCAACAGCGACAUUUUGGCGAGUGCAACCUCGAUAGACUCAAUGCUCUUGAACCCACAAACCGCAUUGAGGCUGAAGCCGGCCAGAUCGAGUCUUGGGACCACAACGACCAGCAAUUCCAGUGCGCUGGGGUUGCCGUCAUCCGGCGAACCAUUGAGCCCAAUGGCCUUCUCUUGCCCCAAUACAGCAAUGCUCCAGAACUCAUAUACAUUGAGAGAGGUAGGGGAAUCACCGGGGUCCUGUUUCCUGGGUGUCCCGAAACAUUUGAAGAUCCUCAACAACAAUCUCAACAGGGACAGGGACAGGGACAGAGCCAGAGGUCUGAACAAGACCGGCAUCAGAAGAUUCGAUACUUCCAAGAGGGAGACAUCAUCGCAUUGCCAGCUGGAGUAGCCCAUUGGUGCUAUAACGACGGUGACUCCCCAGUUGUCGCAGUCUCUCUCCUUCACACCAACAACUAUGCUAACCAGCUUGACGAGAACCCUAGACACUUCUACCUCGCCGGGAACCCAGACGACGAGCAUCAGCGACAGGGUCAGCAGCAAUUCGGGCAGCGUCGCCGCCAGCAACAGCAUAGCCGUGGAAAGGAAGGCGAGCAAGAGCAGCAGGGCGAAGGAAACAACGUAUUCAGUGGCUUCGAUGCUGAGUUCUUGGCGGACGCGUUCAACGUGGAUGUUGACACGGCCAGAAGGCUUCAGAGCAACCAAGACAAGAGGAGGAACAUCGUGAAAGUGGAAGGCAGGCUUCAGAUGGUGAGGCCGGAAAGGUCGCGUCAGGAAUGGGAGCGACAAGAGAGACAAGAGAGGGAGAGUGAGCAAGAGCGGGAACGCCAGCGUCGCCAGGGAGGACGUGGACGUGAUGUCAAUGGCUUUGAGGAGACAAUAUGCAGCCUGAGGCUCAUGGAGAACAUCGGCAGCCGUUCACGCGCCGACAUUUACACCGAACAAGUCGGUCGCAUCAACACCGUCAACAGCAACACCCUCCCAGUCCUCCGCUGGCUUCAGCUCAGCGCUGAGAGAGGAGAUCUUCAAAGGGAGGGUCUAUAUGUACCGCACUGGAACCUGAAUGCCCACAGCGUGGUGUAUGCCAUAAGGGGUCGGGCCCGAGUUCAGGUGGUGGACGACAACGGUAACACCGUGUUCGACGACGAACUUAGACAGGGACAGGUGUUGACCAUCCCCCAAAACUUCGCGGUGGCGAAACGGGCAGAGAGCGAGGGUUUCGAGUGGGUGGCCUUCAAGACUAACGACAACGCCCAAAUUAGUCCUCUUGCCGGACGAACCUCAGCCAUCAGGGCCUUGCCGGACGAUGUCCUUGCCAACGCGUUUCAGAUUUCAAGGGAGGAAGCCAGGAGGCUGAAAUACAACAGGCAGGAGACCACCUUGGCUCGCUCAAGCAGGUCUUCAUCUGAGAGGAUGAGGAGGAGGUCUGAGUCUGAGGGCAGGGCUGAAGCUUAAUUGAAGAUCAAAAAAUGCUAAUGUAAUGCGGCACGUAGUUUUGUUUUGUGGUUGCUAGGCUCUUAAUUAGGAUAGGUUCAAUAAAAGGUCUUAUGCAUGGCCGCGCUAUAUAUAUAUAUAUAGUAGUAAUAAUCUAUGUACGUAAUGAAGAGUUUCUACCGAGAAGUAAAAUAACUACUACGUGUUUGUACCUUUGUGAGAGCUAGUAAAUUAAUAAAAGUACUGUUUGGUUUCUCA